ACAAUGAGUAUAAGGCAGCAAUGGGCAUAGCCUAUUGUCAGGUCCAAAAGAGAUUGAAUUUGCCUGAAUUUCAAGACCUUCACAACAAAGUAACGUCUGUUGCAUUAGACCUCUUGAAAGAGCAGAUCUCACUUGCCAAAGGAGAUAAAUACCAGCCUGGGUGUACUGGCUCAUUCACCAAGAAGUAUGGUUUGCUCUGUUGCCAUACUCUCUAUCGACGGGCCUACCGAUCAGCUAGUGCAGAGAUUACAAUAACUCUUGAGGAGAUAGAUCCCCAUUGGCACUAUUAUCCACAGAGAAGCAGCGAGCAAAUACUUCCUGCUGUAGUGCCUCGGGAUCCUGCAACAGUCAAGGGCAAAGGCCACCCAAAGAAGCAGAAGAUGAGUGCCUCCAACCCCCGGCUCUCCACCCUUACUGACAGUCAGAGAGUGCCUUCCAGCUUUGAGGUAGUUGCCGCAAGCCAGGUCACUGCUACCCAGCGCUCCUGUAUCUCUCACACUCCAGGCCAUAGCCAUGGGAGUGAUGGAGAUCAAUCUCAGGUUUCUGUUACCGCAAAUUCUACUACCAAACCUGACUGUGGCAACACCACUAGCCAACCAAUUGAGAUUGAAGGCUCUGCCCCAGAAGCAUCUAGAGAUGGCUUACCAUCAACUCAGAUGACUGCGAUUGUGCUAGGUUACGAGCCCGAUGAAUUUAUGGAUCUCUCAUAGUUCAGGAAGGAGUUUGCAAGGAGGAGCAACACUAUGGACAACUCUGAGAGCAAGAAGAAGUGUGGGAGGCCUAUUGGUUCGAAAGAUAAGCAGCCAUGCAAGCGCAAGUCAGUUGGCAAGGGCGCUGAGAUGGUAGCUGAGGCAGAGGAUGGGGAUGUUGGUGUUUGAGUUUGGUGUUCCAACUCGGCUGCAUCACUGGCUGUGCGGAGUCCCCAUAACAGUGAGCUACAGCACCACCAAAAGCGAUCGGAAAAUUCUGAAACUUGGGG